UCAAAAUGGCGAUAUAACUUGAAUCGAGACAAAGGAUCUUGUUGAAUAUUUUACGAUUUUCGGUAAAAAGCUGAGUGAUUGUGACGAAAAUUAGUUGAAUUUGAUUAAUUGAUUAUCGGAGAAGAAAAUGCUAACGCUGGAAGUUGUGCCAGAACGUUCGUUAGGCUGUGAACAAUGGGAGUUUAUUUUAGGAAUGCAUUUCUCUCAGGCUGUAGCUAUAAUUCAAGCACAAAUCGGUAUUAUAAAAGGCGUUCAAGUACUCUAUAAUGAUGCUAAACCCUUAGAAAUAGACUUGGUUAUAAAUUUACCUCAAGAUGGCAUUAGGUUAUUUUUCGAUCCAGUUUCACAACGGCUGAAGAUCAUCCUUAUUUAUAAUAUGAAAUUAGUUAAAUUGAAGUAUUGUGGUCUGACCUUUAAUUCACCCGAAUUGCUGCCCUCGAUUGAGCAAAUCGAGCACUCGUUUGGCGCCACCCACCCGGGCGAGUACGAUUCAGAAAAACAAGUGUUCACCCUGAACUUUAGAGGUUUGAGCUUUUAUUUUCCUGUCGACUCUAAAUACCAAAAGGGCAGCACACACAAUUUGGCAUCGUUGCAGUUUCCACCAGGCAAUAGCCCAGUGGUCUCUAGGAUGGCAAUUUAUUCAGGAUCGAGUGUUGAUAGUGCGUCAGCACCCGAGCUACCGUUAUCCUGCUAUUAUGGGCAACUUUAUCUACGAAAGGCUGAAAUUUUACGAGGGGAAGGCUACACUAAAGGCAUCAAAUUGAAUUUAUUGGCGGGUACCAACAAUAGGAUUAUAGACUCGACAAUUUUACGUAUCGAACGGAAAGUUUUGUUAGGGCAAUCGGCGCAAGACGUUUCUUCAGCGCUUGGAGCGCCGUCUAGAGUAUUUUACAAAAGCGAGGAUAAGAUGAGAAUACACGCACCGAAUGCCCAUAGAAGAGUCACUACCAAUAGGAGCGAUUACUUUUUCAAUUACUUUACUUUGGGAUUGGAUGUUUUAUUCGAUGCCCGAUCACAUCUGGCCAAAAAGUUUGUCUUGCACACCAACUACCCGGGACACUACAACUUCAACAUGUACAUGCGUUGUGAGUUUGAGUUGCCGCUAGCUGGCGCUACUGUGGGCGCUUACUCGAACUGGACUGAAGUUUGUAAGAAGUUGACGCCCAGCGAACGGCCAGUGGUGCUCAACCGGGCAAGUUCCACCAACACGACCAAUCCGUUCGGGAGCACGUUGUGCUACGGCUAUCAGGAUAUUAUUUUCGAGGUGAUGCCAAAUCAUUACAUAGCAUCGCUAAGUAUCUACGGGGAUGGUAGGCCUAUUCAACAUAAACUGUCAAAACAUGCGUGACAGAGGCUGUCUGCCACUUACCUUAUCUUAGCGAACAGGUACUGGCAACCAAAGGAUGAGCUAGCCUACUAACGGAGAGCCUCCCUGAAAAAAGUUUUCAUCGCCCUUCAAUGUAGUCCUUAAAAAGUUUAUGAACUGUAAUCUUUGGCACAAAAACUACAUUUGCUAAAAAAAGAAAAUCAAUAUUGAACUUGAGAAAAUUUUGAUUUGCUUCGACAACCAAUCAGGAAUUAGGCCAUGCAAUUAGAGCCAAUAAGUUUGUGAUUUCUGUUGGGACAGUCUUGAUUCUUGAUGUUUGCCAAAGGUUACAUUAUCCAUAACUCAAAAAAAAAAUAACGGGAAAAAAGUAACAUAAAAAAUACAAAAUGAUACAAAAGUCAUAAAAAAAUACGCUUAAUAAUUUUUUUGUUAGUUUAAUUUUUUUUCAAAUUUAAGUGUGGCCUGGUAAAGUAGUUUGUUGUGUCAAUUUCUUUUUCAACUUUUCAACCCACAACGAAUUCUUUACAUAUGGAAAUGUAACGCCAUUUUUCGAAAAAAAAAAGCUAGAUAAAUUCUAGCCUGUUUAAAUAUUGUCCUGCCACGUUCAGUAAUAAUGGAUGUCUGUUAUUUGACUCGUAAAACUAAAUACUAUUGUCGUUUCAAAUCAGAAUUGAAAAUAUUAAUUUAGUUACCGAAUCAAAAAUUAUUAUAUCUUACUUGUAAAUAAUAUGUAAAGAAUGUUGAUAAUUGGGGGCCAGUGUGUUUUUUUUUUUUUUUUUCAAGGAGAAUUGUGUUCAUUUUGUUUUUGUGUGAGUUCUACAAGAGACUUCAAAAAGAUCGCAGUAUGCAGCGAUUAAAAUGACAAUAAUAUACACCCAAUAUUUGUCAGUUAUAUGAAACAAAUUUGACAACUGCCAAUUUUAAAAUUAAUAUCCACAAAUUGUGUUUAUGUUUAUUUGUGUUUGUUGCUUCUUGGCACUUCCUCAGAAUUGCCUAACAACAAAAUCAAGAUAUUUUGCUGGCAAACUAUUACCUACAUUAAUUUUUUGACAAAAAUAUUUGGGGAUCUUUUGUACUACACCAACGUUAUUGUCAUUGUCUAGUUUAAUGCGGUAAGUUGUUAAAAUCUGAGAAAUACUGUCAUCCCUGCUGUAAAUUAUUGUAGACUUCGCAAAUUUAGAAUGAAUAUCCGAAUUGCGCUUGUGCUGUGAUCUUUUUUUAAAUAUGAUUAAAAUAUGAAAUUGCCGUUAUGUUAACAUGCAACGGAAGUAGUAUUAUAUGAUAUCUUAUGAUAACGUACUGUAACCAGUUUUUUUUCUAUAAAAAUAUGUGGUACUGUGGACAUAGACACCAAACAUACAUAUUUAAAAACUAUUUACAAAAUUCUGUUCCAUCCUGGUGAAGAUUCUCAUAUUUUUAUAGAAAGUAAGAACCAAAAAAAAAAAACUUUCAUAAACAUUUUCUGUAAGGAAAUAUAUUUGUAAGUAUUUAUGUUCUAAGGUUUUAUAAACCUCCCAAAGGUAAAAAAAUAAAUAAAAAAAUCUUGUAGUUUGUGAUUGUUAACUUAUUGUAAACUUAGGGCUAAACCUAUUUUUUUUUUGGUUGUUACAGGAAAACCUUUUAUUUAUUUGUUUAUUGUGAAAUUUUUUAUUUUAAUAUUUUCUAUAUUUUAUUGUGUGAAAUUGUAUUUUGUUGAUUUUAAGCAGUGACCGUGUAACAACCAAAAAACUAUUAUUAUCUCUUAUAUUGUAUAAAUAAUUUUAGAUAGUUAUUAUUAUAUUGUUUUUUGUAUUGAACAGGAAAUUAUACAAAUACAUCUUUAGGGUAAGAUUCAUAAUAAUAAUUAAGUUAAUCAUAUUUUUCUAAAAAAACAUUAACUGGUAUAAAUAGGCAUUUUUUUCAUCAUAGAAGACGUUUGUAUUAAAAAACCAAAAAAAUAAAUAAAUUAUUUAAAAAAUAAUUUUCCUAAUAUUUAUACAAAAACAAAAUAUUCUUAUUAUUAUGUACCUAUUUGAAACAAAAUAUUUAUUUGAGGGGUUUAUUAGUUUAUUUCAUGAGUUAAAGUUUGGGUUAGUCAAUUAUUGAAACUAACUUUUAUGGAAUAUUUCAAAGCAAAAUAUAAUUUUUAAGUUUGUCAUUAUUACUAAAUUUUACACUUUAUAUACAAAGUUUAUCAUCAAUUUUUAUUGUGCAAAAUUAUUUUAAAUUCCUUACUAUCUGUUGCUUAAAAGUCUGUUCAGUGAAUAGUCAAAAACUGUUUUCGCAUAAUCCCAACCAAACUCAUUAUUAACGGCAAAAAAAAGUGUUUAUUUUUGUAAUGGAAACCUCCCACAUGUCGGUGAUAUUUUUGUUAGAUCUCAUAUUCAUCUAAGUUUUAUUUUGUACAUAGUUCAGUUGAUCAUUCUUCAGAUUACAUUGAAAAGCG